AUGUUGCGCACCUCACUCAACAAGGUGACGUCGGAAACCCCAAACCCCCGCAGGUCCUUAAACUCCCGAGCCUCCUCCGAAGGCCAAAGGCCAACAGCCCUCCGAAAAGCCGGUCGUGACGAGGGCUCCGGUCAUCAUCCCACCGGAGCCGACUCGCCGCAGUGGAGUCACCCGGACCACGGACGUCGUCGGCAUAGCAAACUUACCCAGCCGGACAGCUGCGCUGACCCCCGUCAGUCCAUCCCCAGCAUAUCACCUCAAAAGUCCUCCACAACAAACGUCUACCUCCACGACCCCGAAGAAACGAAACAAACCAAAUAG